AUGGCGGCUACAGCGAACACAGCUAACGGAGACAUACUAAUGCUGGAAGCACCUCCUUCCUCCAAACCCUCGUGGUCUACGGGCGCAGAAUUGAUCGAUGCACUGCCGUACAUCGACGACGACUACGGCAACCCAAAGGUCAAAGAAGAGGUGGACCGUUUGGUCGAAGAAGAAAUGCGUCGGAGCUCUAAAAAGCCCUCCGAUUUCCUCAAAGACCUCCCUCCUCUUCCCAAGUUCAAUUUCCAGGCAUUGCUAGGGCCUUUUAAAUCCUGUGUUAUGUUAACUGUAGAGGUUUCGAUUAUCAUCAGUGGCUUAUAA